CACCAAUCCGCCCCGACGGGCAUGGCGGAACGCUUGCCUGUUACCUACGCCGUGCUAUGAUACCUUACUGCCUGUGCUUCUCAGCAAUUUUUACAUGAGCGAAUAGUCAUCCCACUUCCCUUCUCCUCCUCCCCCCUCUUUGACAAUGUCCAACCCUCCGUCCCAGACUUUUGACUCUGCAUCGUCGUCCACUCGCUACAACGAGGAGCAGUCUUCCACAUCGGCCCAUCCACCCUCGCACCACCCGGAUCCCACCGUUCAAGACACAGAUGCCGCCAAAAGAGGACUCCCCUCCGCCUCCGCCGCCAGCUCCUCCGAACUCUCCAGUCUUAAGAUAAGCUUGAGGAACGCCUUGCGCCAGUUCCCGGACUUCCCGUCGCCGGGCAUCCUGUUCGAGGACAUCCUGCCCAUCUUUGCCAACUACGAGCUGCACGAAUCGCUGGUUCGCGCACUCGAACUCCACGUGAAAUCAACCUACGCUCAGACUCCAGAUGUCAUCGUGGGACUGGACGCCAGAGGCUUCCUGUUCGGCCCAUCUCUGGCGCUCCGGCUGAAGAGCAAGUUCGUACCCGUCCGAAAGCGAGGCAAGUUGCCCGGACCCACCGUGACGGCGUCAUAUCAGAAAGAGUAUGGGGAGGAUUUCUUCCAGAUGCAGAGCGAUGGCAUUGCACCCGGCGAACGCGUCUUGGUUGUGGAUGACAUUAUCGCUACAGGUGGCUCCGCGGCCGCUGCAGGCUCCCUUGUGAAACAGCUAGGUGGCUCACUGCUGGGCUACGUCUUCAUCCUUGAGCUGGAUUUCCUCAAGGGUCGAGACAAGCUCGAUGCUCCGGUCUUCACUCUUCUCACCGGCCAGGAGGAGAAGUCGACCUAGCCGACUACGCGACCGAGCCGGCGAAAGAGCCAUCGCGGCAUCAACUGCGCAUACCAUCCAACGUCGUGGGUGAAUUGAAAUUUUUUUUUUCAAUCUAUUUAUUUUUCCUAUCUUUUGCUUCGACAAUAGACGGGGACACUGGCAUAAGGAUUAAGAAAAAAUAACCCCUCCAGGCGUUCAGGCGGAAUGGCUUUUUCAUGAUACCAUGUCUAUCCAGAUAAUGUCCCUAGAUUCCUCUCUCCCUCUCACACAUACACACAAACGCACACGCAGUCUCUCUCCCUCUCUUUCUCUCACUCUCUCCCAUGGAAACCCCGCUCAUCCAAAUGGUUGUACCAACGACCUUCUUUGCACCGUCCUCCAAUAAUUUUUUUUUUGCUUUUUCCAACUGCCUCCCAAAGGGGAGCUUACGGGAUGAUUCGCGCUCUGACUCAGAGCGCCGUUUUGGUCUCGAUCGGACCGUGUCAUUCGAUCAGUCGGCCCUCGGACAUUCCCGAGCAAGAAAAAAAAAACCCCACCUAUCCGUGCCGUCGUUUUGAGAGAGCGAAGGGGACAAGAGCAGGAGAAGAAUGGGAGGAUGUCUUUCUCUUUAAAAAAAAAUUUAAAACAAAUAAAAUUUUACAUCAAUGGCACAAUUGGGGGGACAGACGAUAGCGUGCGGACGCAGUAUAGAUUCGGACGACGGACAUCGCGUUUCGGUGCACAACGAAUGUAGCUAAUCAAUAAUCUGAACUCUCUGUCAUUGCCG